GCCGCAAUAUCAAGACAGGGAUACAAGCGUCAUUUUAUCAAAAUCCCAGUCCCAUUUCCGCCAUUUCAUCCCCCAACUUCCCACCAUCACCUCCCUUUCACCUCCUCUACCUACACACACACACACACACUCUCUCUCUUUCUCAACUCUCUCUCUCAGCUAUCUCUGUGUACAGAAAUGGGCAGCCGAACGACGUCGCACCAGCUGAGCGGUGGGCUCUACGUGUCAGGCAGACCGGAGCAGCAGUCCAAGGAGCGACCGCUCACAAUGGCGUCACGCGCCAUGCCGUACACUGGCGGUGACGUUAAGAAGUCCGGUGAGCUCGGCAAAAUGUUCGACAUCCAUCAAUUCCUCGAUCCAUCAUCCACUGGUCCUCCUCCUCCGAAGAUAUCCCGCCCCUCCUCCUCCUCAUCCCACUCCCAGUCCCAGCACAACAGCGGAUCCGUCCGAUCCGGGCCCAACUCGGGCCCGAUCCCCAAGAAAUCCUCUGGCCCGAUGCCUCUCCAGCCCACGGGUCUCAUCACCUCCGGCCCCAUCGGGUCCGGUCCGCUCGGAACCUCUACGGGCCGUCGGUCGGGGCACAUGGAGCCGCCCGGGAAGGCCGUGUACGGGUCUGCGGUGACGAGCUUGGCGGGGGAGAAGAAGGUGCGGGCGAUGAGGGUGCCGAAAGCGGCGGUGUGGGUGGUGGUGGUGGCAGUGGCGAUGGGACUUCUGGUGGGCGCGUUCCUGAUGGUGGCCGUGAAGAAGGCAGUGGUGCUGGUGGCGGUGGGGGGCGUGCUGGUGCUGGUGCUGGCGGCCGUGGCGUGGAAUUGCGUGUGGGGGAGGAGAGGGUUGCUAGGGUUUGUGAGGGGGUACCCUGACGCGGAGCUCAGGGGUGCUAUUGACGGACAGUACGUCAAGGUCACUGGGGUUGUAACCUGUGGCAGUAUUCCUUUGGAGUCAUCGUACCAGAGGAUACCUAGGUGUGUAUAUGUUUCAACAGAGUUGUAUGAAUACAAAGGAUUGGGUGGGAAAUCUGCAAAUCCGAAACACCGUUGCUUCUCGUGGGGAUCCAGACACGCAGAGAAAUAUGUGGCUGAUUUUUACAUAUCAGACUUCCAAACUGGGUUAAGAGCAUUAGUAAAAGCAGGUUAUGGGGCUAAGGUUGCUGCAUUUGUCAAACCAACUACUGCAGUUGAUGUAUCAAAGGAAAACAGAGACUUGUCUCCAAGCUUUUUACGCUGGCUAGCUGACCGCAACCUCUCUAGUGAUGACCGUGUAAUGCGCCUCAAAGAAGGGUAUAUCAAGGAAGGGAGCACUGUAAGUGUGAUGGGGGUUGUUCGACGCCAAGAAAAUGUGCUUAUGAUUGUUCCACCAGCAGAGCCUGUCUCAACAGGCUGCCAGUGGGUCCGUUGCCUCCUCCCAACCUAUGUUGAAGGACUAAUUUUGACGUGUGAUGAGAGCCAAAAUGCCGAUGUGGUUCCUGUGUAAAAAUUUUGAAUUUCGUCUUUAUGUUUCGAUGAUGUCGCAAGUAAAAUACUGGAAGGGUGGAACUGAUGGAAAUAUGCCACGCUGCCCGACCACUCUGUUCUUUCUGUCCAAAUUUGUAAGUGUAUGUAAAUCACCAUAGAAGAUGCAUAGCAAGAAGCUCAAAACCGUAAUAGUUAAUGAACUCUACAUGGGAGGUUAAGACGCGGUGAGGAUGCUGAUGUGGAGAUAAUGGGGAAAAAGGAUUUCCUAUAUCAAGAAGCUAGAAGAUGGUGUAUUGUGAAGAUGCACAUUUUGAUUUGUGCUAAUUUAUUAUGUACAUAAGUCGUUGAGUUGCCCUAAGCGGUUCAAAAUGUUUGCGACUCCCAGUUCUACCACGGAAAUUAGAAUUAUCGGUAUGUAUGUUUUACUAUCUGAUUCUAAAUUUGUUUUUAUUUGAUAGUGUGAAUUGUUUAUGAGAAUCUCAUCAAUGUUCAUAUUCUUCUUUCCAUUAUAUGUAAAGAGAGCUCCCCAUUGUAUUUCA